AUGGAAAACAAGGAAAAUGAAGAUAUAACAGAGGAUUAUUUUGAUAAAAUAACAAAUUUUUUUAAUUAUUUUACAUUAGGUAAUUCCCAAAAUGAUGAAGUAGAAAAUGCAUCUUCUAAGAUUAAGGAUAAUAAAAAUAAAAUAAACGAGAAUAAAAGAGAUAGUGUUAAACAAGUGGUUUACAACUUAAAAUUAAAAAGAGCAUCUGUUUUACAACUGCCACAGAGAUUUAUUUUGGAUACAUCAAUAUUUAAUAAAAAAGCUGUAAAUGACAAAAUAUAUGGAAAUUGUAUGACUGAUACUUCAUUAAAUAGUCGUGAAGAAAAUAAUGAUAGAAAUAGAGAAAUAAACUCAUUAGAUAUAUCAGAUAUAGAAAAAGAAUCAAAAAAUAAUUUUGUUUAUUCUCCAAGUUUCCAUCAUAAUGCAGAUGAACUCUUUAAUUUGAAUGAAAAAAGAAAUAAUGAAAAAGAAAAAGAGAAAAAGAAAAAAAAGAAAAUUAAAAAAGAAAAAGAAAAAAGAAAAAAAGAGGGAGAUAAAAAAAAUAGUGUAGAGAUAAAUAAAGGUGAGGAAUAUGUAAGAAAAAGAGAAAAGGAGUAUAAAAAAAAAGUAGAAAAUAAAGAAAUGGAAGAAAGGCAAGAACAUAAGGAAAUAAAUAUAAAAAAAGAUAAAAUAAAAAAACAUAAUAAAGAAUUAAAAGAAAAAGGAAUAAAAAUAAUCAUAAAUAUAGAAGAAAGUUAUACAGAUGAAAAAGAAGAAAAAAAAAAAAAAAGGGAAAAAAAUAAUUAUACAGAAGAAAAUGAAGCAAAAGAUGAAGAAGAAGAAAAAGAAAUGAAAAAAGAGAAAGAAAUAAAAAAAGAAAAAAAUAAGAAUAAGGAAAAGAAAAAAAUGGAAGAAAACUAUGAAAAUAAUAUUGAAAAUGGGUUAAUUAAAGAGAAGGAAAAUCAAGAAACGAAAAACCAAAAUAGUUCAAAUGAAUUACUAGAUUAUAAAAAUUUAAACCAAUCAAGUUCUUCAUAUGAUAAAAAAGUUCAUUUUUUAAAAAAUAAAAACUUUAUAAAAAAUAUAAAGAACAAUGAAGAAUUAAUAAAAAAUCAAAUUUCUAUGGAUACUUUGACUCUAAAAGAAGAAAAUAUAUCCGAUAAUAACAAAAAGUAUAUUAGUAUAAGAAAUAGUAAAAAAAGAAGCAAUAUAAUAAUAUUGCCAAAACUUAAUUUAAAAGAGAAUUGCAAAUCCUUUUCGGUUGAGAAAAUAAAAACAAGAAAUGAAAAUGUCGUUCAAGACAACGAUGAUAAAACGACAGUAAGUGGGCAAUCUGAUGAAGAUAAUGUAUUAAUGAAUUUAUAA